CUAAAGCAACAAUUAAUCGAACAGGACUAAGAUAGACAGCUCCUAAUGGCAGGAAAGGCCACAACAGCUUGGUUCAAUGUCGCAGAGUUCCAAGAUGUAUAUAAGGAACUAUUUAGCGAUGAGCUGUCCUUACAGAAACAUGCACUUGAUCGUAUCGAUAUAUGGAGGAGUCGGUCCAACAAUAAGCUAUCAUCAGCCAUUGACUGUACAGCAUCUGUUGUUCUGGCUAAGAUAGCAGAUUCAACUGAUGGGGAUGAUAAGAAUAGUGUACAGUUCAUGUAUGGAAUGGCUGUGUUGAGGUACGUCAAUCUAAUAGUUGAAAAACAACAAGAGGGAGCAAACUGGUCCAGACCGAUGCACGUCAUGGCUGAAGAGGUUGGUGUUCCUCAGUGGAUUGUAGACCUAAGGAAUAAUGUUGCCCAUAAUAACAUGCCUAGUAUAGCUGUACUAAGACUUGCUGCUGAUUUUGCACUUGGCUGGCUGAAGCAGGAAUACUGGGAGACACAACUUGAGGGUGUUGAUGAUUCAGAGUAUGCACAGAGAAGUUGUGACUUGCUCAAUGGUUACAUAAAGCAAAGGGAACAAGAGGCGAAUGAUGAUGAGAUUGAUAUGACAGAAACCUUGACUAACAUUGAUGAUUUUGUCACCAAAAACGAUUGCGAAAUAUUUCUUAAUGUAUUUGUAUCAAGCUACUUGUUUGCAAAGUUUCCAUCAACCAACAUGGAGAAAGAUAGCCAAUUGACAUCGUGUUUGCAAUUUUGGAAACCUAUCCUCAGAUUGAUCAAUAAGGCGAGAUUGUCUUCUGUGUUGUUUUACACACUAAUUGAUAAGCUUACAAAUAGUUAUGACCCACUUAUUCAUAGAAUGGCUUCCAAAAUUGUCCAAGACCUCAGAUAUGUUAGAGCAGAAGGUGCUAUUUUCACAAAUGCUCACAAUGUGAAUUGGAAGAUAAUGUUAGAUAAAUGUGUAGCCGCAAACAAUGUUGAGGUCGUUGAUAUAAUCAAGGCUAUAAUGCCAGAGGUACCUGGUAUGACCAGGAACACCAAAGACAAGCUUGAUGCCCUCACCGAUCUGUACUCUGGGUCUACUAUAGAUGACAGUGUCAUGACUAGUGAUGUUCAUCGUUUGGACGAUUUAUCUCCUAUAAAUAGUGAGAUAUCCUAUGUUAUAUCCAAUGGGUCAGUAGAUUGGUCACGCUACCCUAUUGGAACAUGCCCGGCUGUUAACAUAUCGAGCACAAACUUAGAACUGGAUUUGAAUACUGUGACGCAAUGUUGUGAUUCAGCUACUCCAGUUGACAUGGAGCUUUCUGAUGGAGCCCCUUGCAAGCAGCGUACAGUUUUAACUGAACUGGAGGGACUUGGGAAUUAUAUUAAACUGUUUUAAUUCACUUAAAUGUGGAUGCCACACCUAUUAGCCUAAUCAUGUAUAACUUUU